AGGGGCAACACUAUGGCAGAUUGAUUGCAUUGUGCAUCCAUAUCAUGGUCUUAUUUUGUUGUUUUUGUAAUGUGAUUUUGUAAUAAUUUCCACAAAAUGGGAGAGCGAAAUACUUCCUUUAAACCGGGAGAAGCAGCAUUAAGAAACAUGAAAUUAUUGAAAAGUGAAAGCACAGUAUUCAAAGUGCCAAAAGUUCCCAAAAAGAAAAAUAUAAAAAAGGCUCAAGUUUUAGAUGAAGAUGUUUAUGUUGAGGGCAUUGCUAAAAUUAUUCAAAGAGAUUUCUUCCCUGAUUUAGAGAAACUUAAUGCACAGAAUGAAUAUUUGGAGGCUUCUGAAAACAAAGACUAUGCUAGAUUAAGGGAAAUCACUAGGAAAUAUAGUGGCAAUAGACCACCCACAGAACCUUAUAACACACCUGCAACAUUUGACACCCCAGGAAGACCAUACUCUCCAUCUGCACCAACUGUGAGGGAACAAAGACCAGAGGAAAAUGAUAGUAAUAAGGAUAAACCAAAAGAUAUCACAGACAAUCAUACAUUAGAUUCAUUCCUAGCCAAUCACACAAGUGAAGAUAACGCCAGUUACGAUCGUGUCAUUGCAUUGGAAGACAAGAAGCGGUCUACAAAGCUGGCAUCGCAAUUUGAAUCGGAGUUGAAGUCUCUAGCGUUGGCUGAUUCAGCACUUGCCUUGCCGUCUAUUGAGCAGCAAGCUGACCAGACUGACAGGCAGACAGAGGUGGACACAUGGAGAUAUAAAGCCAAGAACUACAUAAUGUACGUGCCGGACGGGGCGCAGCAACAGCCGCCGGCCAAGCCCGAGCUGCAACACCACAACACGAGGCUGAGGGCGGAGCCCUUCGACCACGUCAAGAAUAAGGAGGCUAUCACCGCCAUUGCUAAGAGCCAGGGAGCUACGGUAACAGGAAAGAUUGGUGUGGACGGAGUGAGUAUAACAACAGAGAAGGAAGCCCAAUACCCCUUCGUGGCCACCCCCAGCCCCCGCCCCGGGCUGGACGCGGAUGCCUCCCCCCUCAUGACCUGGGGAGAGAUUGAAGGCACACCUUUCAGGCUGGAUGGAGGGGAUACCCCGCUGCCUGCCGUGGGCUCGGGCGCGGCGUACCGCAUGCUGGAGGGCGGCGCCCGCGAGCGGCUCGCGCUGCAGCUCGCGGAGCAAGCGGCGCGCAGCCGCCGCCUCGCCACGCCGCGCCCGUCGGCAUCCACGCCCAGUUUCAGAACAAACACCGAACGCCUAGCCAGCAUGUCGCCGGCCGCCAGAAAGUUAGCCGCGAAGCACCUCCUCUCCCCGCGCCUCAAGCUAACCCCGCGGGACAUGGGAAUAGCCCACGCCACCCCCAAGCGAACACCCACCCGUGGGCCACUAGUCUCCACCCCCACCGCGAAAACUCCCCAACGACCUUCGUCCACUGGAAGUGUCAACUGUGUCAGCAUGACAGAGAACAAUUUGACAGAUAAUCUGCUGCAAAUCAAUGUGGCGAAGAGGACCAGGUUAAAAGCGCAGGAUUUCUUUUCUUAGUUUAGUUGGAUUAAAUCUUUUUUUGUUCAUA